AACAAACAAGAUCCCUGCGACUACACAGCACGACAGAGACACUGGCUGCCAUUUCGCCACUGGAUUUUUGGCUUGUGCAGAUUUUUUUGACGACUCUCAUGUGGAGGCAGCAGUAUCAAACACAAGCCAAGACCCUUUCAUUCUAGCCACAGAGACAAGGAGGACGUUGGUAGCAGAGCCAGUACACCAGACAGUGUCGAGUGUGGCUUGUGAGUUAGGACAAGCCAUGGAAACACCACCACAACCAGCGUGUGAGCCAGGUCAUGUCGCAGAUAAAUGUGCUCAAGUGCGGAUACUGGCCCACGACGAAGCAUCACAGGCAGAUGAAAAGAAACUUCUGUCAACAAGUGCCACACAAACAGAGCCUCGAGCUUUUUCUUCAGGUUCCACAUCUUUUGCGUCUCUGCGACAGUCUUCGUCAUUGGUGCCUGUACAACGACGACUACUUUCCUGCCAACAGUGCACCUAUACGACACAUAAUAAGUCGCAUAUGACCAGACACUUUCGGAUACACAUAGGCCAACGCCCCUUCCAAUACCACAUGAGCAGUGCUGCCUUCUCUCAGGACUCCAAGCUGGUGGCUCAUGUGCGCACACACACAGGAGUGCUCCAGUUUUCCUGUCUCCACUGCGAUGCAUCGUUUUCUCAGAAAGAUGGUCUCAGUGUCCACAUACAGACUCACGCAGGAGGUCGUCCCUUUUCAUGUGUCCACUGCAGUGCAUCCUUUUCGCAGAAACGGGCUCUCGUGAGACACAUUCGCACGCACACAAGAAAGCACCCUUUUUCCUGUGUUCACUGUGACGCAUCCUUCGCGCAAAAAGCAGACUUGAUUCGCCACACGCGCACUCACACAGGAGAACGUCCAUUUUCCUGUGCCCACUGCAAUGCAUCCUUCUCGCAGAAAUGGAAUCUUGUGAGACACAUUCGCACGCACACAGGAGAGCACCCCUUUUCCUGUGUUCACUGCGAUGCAUCCUUCGCGCAAAAAACAGACUUGAUUCGCCACACGCGCACUCACACAGGAGAACGUCCAUUUUCUUGUGUCCACUGCAAUGCGUCCUUUUUGCAGAAAUUCAACCUCGUGAGACACAUUCGCACACACACAGGAGAGCAGCCUUUUUCCUGUGUGCAUUGUGAUGCAUCCUUUGCGCAGAAGAAGAGCCUUGUGAGACACACCUUAGCGCACCACAAAGGAGAGCGACCCUUUUCCUGUGAUCAUUGCAAUGCGAUGUUUGUGUUCAAAAGUGAUGUCGUGGCACACAUGCGCAUUCACACAAAAGAACGUCCUUUCUCCUGUGUCCUCUGCAAUGCAUCCUUUAAGCAGAAGAAGAAUCUCUUGAGACAUGCCCGCUUGCAUGCAAAAGACCUUUGACUUGUGUGCAAUUUAGUGUGUCGUAGGUGACAAUAUAUGACCUCUUGUUCAGGACAGGCGCUCUCUCACAUGUAAGCGAAAGCUCCAUUUUGAGAUUGUCUAAAACAUCAUUGGUAUGGUUACGGGAAGAUUUAUUCACUGACAGCGGGUCUUGCUAAAGCCUUAAAGAGCGCACCGUCAUGCAGGCCAACAGGGGAAGCUCGAGAGUCCAACCCACAACAACAACCUUGUCAUCUUUCUCCUUUUGGGUGCCGUUUCAGCUGUGCCGGAGCGACAGUUCCAUACACGUAUCAUCACCCUGGCCGGUACGGCUCCAUCUCGGUGCCUGUUAAACGAACGAGUCAGCGGUGCAGGGCUUGAGACGAGAAUUGUGGACUACUUGCAUUCUGGGUGCAGCAGCCAAUGAGUUUGCCGUCGCAACAAUCUUUUAGGUCACAGGUGUGACCUGACGAAGGACUCGGUAGGGCCCAGCGUAUCGUGAUAGUAGUUUCUCGCAGAGGCCAACACGUCGGGAUGGGAGCCACAGGAGAACCACAGAUCCCGCAUAAAAAACAGCAUCCUUAUGUCGACGGUCGUAAAGAGACUUUUGUGCUGUCUGCGACGAUAACGGAGCGCGGGCUACCGUGUGUGCCGUGAGGGCACAGGGGAUGGCAUCCUGAGCGUUUGAAGUGGAGGAAGAGUGGUCUGAUGAAAGCAGUGUGUCGAAGGGCAGUAAGGGAUGACGUCCAAAGAGUAGAUGAAAUGGGGAGUAGCCCGCUGUUUCAUGACGCGACGAGUUAUAGGUGAAGGUGACGAACGGCAGAGCUAUGUCUCAAUCAGUGUGGUCUAUAGGUACGUACAUAGAAAGCAUCUCUGUCAAUGUGCGGUUUAGGCGCUCCGUAAAGGCGUUAGUCUAAGGGUGGUAAGAUGUGGGGAAGUUGUGACAGGUAGCACAAGAUCGAAGUAGGUCAUCCACCACACGAGAUAGAAAGUAGUGACCAUGGUCCGUGAGCAGGUGAGUAGGGCCCUUAAGUGUCGACAGCCAGCAAUGCGCAUAAUGGUCCGUGAUGACUGCGAACGAACGUCCGUCUAAGUACGGAUGGAAUUUCGCAAUGGCCAAAACGAGGGCUAAGCAUUCCCGCUCAGUGAUGGAAUAAUUUUUUUCCGUUGCGACAGAAGCCGACUAGCGUAGGCUAUCACAUGGUUGGUGCCAUUCUGUAUCUGAGUGAAUACAGCACCAAUGCCAUGGCCUCUUGCAUCAAUGCGAAGCUCGGUUCGAGCGGCUGGAUGAAAAUCAGCCAACACAGGUGGUGAUGUGAGGGCAGUAAUCAGCGACGCGAAGGAAUUUUCUUGGUCCUUCCCUCAAGAAAAGGCCACAUUCUUUUUGAGGAGAUCCGUGAGGGGCCUAGCAAUAUCCGCGAAGUUGAAGACAAAGCGGCGGAAGUACGAGCAGAACCCAAUAAAACUGUGAACUUCUUGUGUGGAACGCGGAACCGGGAAUUCUCGAACUUCACGAAGUUUGGCAGGUUCGGGUGUAACACUAGUUGUGUCAACCAGGUGGCCGAGUAGUUUAAUCUGCUGGCGUCCAAGUGCGCAUUACGAUGAAUUCACUUGGAAAUCAGCGCAACGAAAAUCGUCAAGAAUUGCCAAGAGACGAGACAGGUGGCUUUCAAAGGAGGGCGAGAAAACUAUUGCAUCAUCCAGAUGACAAAGGCAGGUUGACCAUUUGAAACUGCGGAGAAGAGAGUCCAUCAUACGUUCAAAAGUAGCCGGGGCAUCGCACAACCCAAAAGGCAUGACCUUGAAUUGAUAAAGGCCGUCAGGUGUGAUGAAUGCUGUCUUCUUGGGGUCGCGGUCGUCGACCGAAAUUUCCCAGUAUCCAAAUCGAUGGUCUAGGGACGAGAAAUAGUUGGCGCCGUGGAGGCAGUCGAGCGCAUCAUCGAUUCAGUGUAGGGGAUAAACGUCCUUUUUGGUGAUCCGAUUCAGAUGGCGAUAGUCAACGCAAAAGCACCAGGUGUUGUCCUUCUUUUUAACUAAGACCACAGGGGAUGCCCAAAAACUCGAUCAAGGCUCAAUGACGUCUUUGCUGAGCAUUUUCUUGACCUUCCUCUGUAUAACUUGGCGCUCAGCAUGUGACACGAGGUAAGGGCGUUUGUGGAGUAGACUGGCAUCGCCGUUGUCGAUGCGGUGGGCUACGGCACUUGUGCAAUCCAGGGGACGGUCGUCGAUGUCAAAGAUAUCCAGGUAAGAAAAUAGAACAACCCAGAGCGCUGCAACUUGGGAAGGUAAGAGGUCGCCAGGUAUCAUUUUGUCGAGGAGCGCCUUGUAUUGCGGGGUGAUGACAGGUUUCGCCACGGUUUUAGUGUCAGGGGGAAAGAACAAAUCGAACAUUCAUCCAGGGCAGAAAGAUCGGCUAAAGUGAUGCCUUGGGGAAGAACUUGGGUCAACGUAGAGGAGUUCAGAACAGGAAGUAGCGCAACAACCACCGGUGCACAUAUCAGUAUCACCAGUAGUGCUCUAUUAAUCGAUACAUUUAGGAAAGCGUAGCACACACUGUGCGCCACCAGGGGGACAUUCUGGAAUGAGUCUGAUCACGUCAAGAGUCCCGAGUGCAAUACUCAUAAGUAGUCAAACUAAUAAUCUAAAAUGACACAUGCAUUAUGAAUGUACUAAAACACUGCUUGUGCAUUUUUGUUCUAUUCAUUGAAGAAAAGACUUGUCACCACCUUGGAGAACGGGGCGGAUGUUUUAAGUGUUAAGUUUUUGCCGUGCUGCGUUUCACUUACGUCGCGCCUCAGUGAUGGUUUGGGCUUGGGUAUUGGCGUCCCAAGGGUAUUUUCAUUAUUGUCAACUGCUGCAUACGUCUUGCCAACUCUUGAGAUUUGGUGUGUGCCACUUGACCAAGGAGAGAGGCAGUAGCAUAGUUGAUGUCCUUUCACUGGGUGCCAUGUAUGGAAGUCCUACGUGCGAAGUAGAUUAAUGGUUUACAUUUGUCACAGUAAGAUUCAAACAAAAAGAGAAAUGUUUAUAUGCUCCCUGAAUUUUCAUGGAGAGAAUUGGGGAGAAAGUGUGACGUGUCUUUUGGAACCUGCCACCCAGAUCAAAGCUUCCCCGUAGCGCAUUUCCGCCGGUCUUGUAAAAAUACCACGUGCCUGUGCAAAAUAAAUGGAAGAACUGGAAAAUGAUUCAAUGGUUUCAGAAAAGUAGAAGUGUAAUGAUAGCAAUGGCUCUCUGGCGUUCUCAUGGUUGUUUUGAUGAACACUCUCUCUCUACACCUCAUGGCCAAAUAAACGUUCAAACAUGUUCUGUGCUACACAAAGUGAAAAAAAAAACACCCUGCAUAGUGGCGAAGACUAGUGUGUGCCCGUGUAUUCGUAGAAGUGAAUAAAACAUUGUCCUAUCAAUA